CAGUUAUUUAAUUCCACCCUUUUCUGUUUUGUCAGAACAAUAGUUGUCUACCAUCGGUUGUUUCCCUCGUCCACUCCAACCGUCGCGCUUUUUUCUAUACUGGAUAAAAUGUGGACCGGCCUAAUACGAUUACACGGAGAAAUCCCUAUCAGACUGCUGCGAGCAUCGCCUCUACCACGAGAGCCUAGAUAUCGCUACAAACGUGUGUGCUGUCUACCGGCAUUUCUGGUGGUCAUUGUAUUCUGGAUCGCGUUUAUUGUGGGAACAGCCGUUCUGCGGGAUAACUCAGGGCAGUUGAAAAUGCUUCUCUCUCGUGCAGCUAUUAUGAUCACCUUCGUGGCGAUGAGUUCAAUAAUGUUUCUUACCAUUUUGGGAUCACUUCCUUCUAUCUAUCGCCUCAUUCGCGGUUUGGCUGUCAGUCCAAUCAAACCCCUUCGAACGGCUUUGGCUGACUUUCUCAGCGACGAGACUAGCAGCAGUGCUGCUGGAACAACCGUCGGACUGGCUAGUGCUGGAGAAGAUGUUGAUCAACUAUUGAACAAAAUUAAACCAGACUUUCAAAAGAACCGAAGAGGAACGGUCAAUGAAGCAGUGCAAUUGGGAACUUCGACAUCAUUGAAAAACCUUGCCAUCAGUGCUGAAGAAGAACGGGCUAGGCGUGCGGACAUAAGGAUCAAGGAGGAGUUUGGAAAACUAUGCAGACUUUCGCUGACAUUCGACAGUUUUCUCGGUGAACAGCAGACGCGCUUCAUAAUGUGUCUGGAUGCCAGCGAGACUAACCAACGAGAUGUACUGGCCAAGCUAAUCUAUCAGAUUCACAGCCUUGUGCUUACAGAUGUGAAUGCACCAGUAGCGUUUGUACUGGAAGCAGAUUUCAAGGUUCUUUUGGGUGAAGUUGCUGCAGGCGCAAUUUUUCAUCCGACCAACGCCUACCCGGCUGCGAGCAGUGUCCAACUAGCGAGAGUUGUCUCAAAAACGCUAAACGACAAUCUGCAUCUGGUUCGAACAAGCAUACAGCUGCCCAUCUAUCUGGACACACCAGUCUGCUCGGAUGUGGAGCACUGCGAAGCUCCUUGUACAGCCCAUCAGCGACAGCAGCCACAGCUUAAUUCGAUAAUCACUUCUCCCAAUGGUUACUCUCAGACUUCCCCGAAUUACGUGGUAAUUAAAUUACCCAUGAAAGUGUGUAUGCAUAACUACAGUGAUUGUCCAAAGUAUCGAAAGACACAAGCUCAUGGUUGGGCGAUUGUUGAAUCUUAG